AUGUACUUUUUACUGAUUCUGGCAAUAUUUGUACAGUCAAAUGCGAAUAAGGCUCCUAGCCGUGGAGACUUGAGGGUGUAUAAAGGACGGAACGACACUCAUAACGAGUUCCCGUUCGCUGUGGUUCUGCAAAGGAAGGACCCUCCGGUGUUCAGGAAAUGUACCGGCAUCCUUAUAGCGGACAACUGGGUCCUCACAUCAGCUGACUGCGUAUUCGUACCAAGGGCUAGGUUACCAGUAGUACCAGGACAUAUGGUCAUCAGAUAUGGAGAUUUUACAAAGCCAGCAAACGAAACCAAGUUGUACUCAAGUGUGAUCAAAAUAUACGCUCACCCUUCCUAUAGUGAAUUAUUAUGGAUAAAUGAUAUAGCGCUAAUUCUCACUGAAAAAAUACCCGGAAAGAACUUUGCAAGUCGGCUGGCGCUCGAUUAUAAAACUUUCUUCGGUCUUCAUGUUAAAUACGCGGGUUUUGGACAAAUUGCUGAGACUGUUAUUGCAAAUUCGAAAGACAAGAGAGAAUCAGAAUCCAUUCCUCUUCAAAUUGGCGAGGGUAUUGUGGUCCCUUGUGAAAAAACUGUCAAAUUGUUAUGUGUACUGCCGAAGUGUUCGGAUAGGAAGCUGCAGAUGCGCCCGGGGGACUCCGGAGGGCCGCUAGUGUAUGACGGGCGAGUCAUUGGAGUAGCUGCAGGCAUUUCAUCUAACUCUCCUAUUACAUGGUUUACCCCUAUAAGUCCAUAUUUAGAAUGGAUUCAAAACACCAUAACCCUUAAUGAAGGCUAA